AUGAUCUCAUCCAUAUUAUCAGAGUGUUGCCUAGCAACAUCUUCCCAGCCACAUAUCAUUGUAAUAAUAGCUGAUGACUUGGGAUGGGAUGAUGUUAGUUUCCAUGGUUCUGAUCAGAUUCCAACACCAAACAUUGAUGAGUUGGCUUACAGUGGUGUAUUAUUACAUAACUACUAUGUACAACCAAUUUGUACACCUACAAGGGCAGCCCUCAUGACAGGAAGACAUCCUAUACAUUUAGGUCUUCAAGAUGGUGUGAUAGUUGCUUCCCACCCGUAUGGAUUGCCUUUGAAUGAAACUAUAAUGCCACAAUAUUUGAAGCCAUUGGGGUAUGAUACACAUAUUGUUGGUAAAUGGCACUUAGGAUUUUUUGCUUGGCAAUACACUCCAUUAUACCGUGGUUUUGACACUCAUUUUGGUUACUAUAAUGGAGAAGAAGGUUACUAUGAUCAUACGGCUGAAGAGCCCAAGUAUAUUGGUCUGGAUUUUAGAAACAAUACUGAAUUAUUCAAAUCUGCCUAUGGUGAAUACAGUACAGAGUUGUUUACAAGUUAUGCUGAGAAGAUAAUACACAAUCAUAAUAAAAACAAGCCAUUAUUUUUAUACCUAGCUCACCAAGCUGUACACAGUGGUAAUAGUUACAGUCCAUUGGAAGCUCCCUACAAGUAUACAAGUAGAUUUCCAUAUAUACAAGAUGAGAGAAGAAGAACAUUUGCAGGAAUGGUAUCAGCACUGGAUGACUCUGUUGGAAACAUCACAAGGGCACUAAAACACUCAGGACUCUAUGAAAACUGUAUCAUUUUAUUCAGCACUGACAACGGGGGUCCCGCUGCUGGAUUUGAUGCUAAUUAUGCAUCUAAUUGGCCGUUACGAGGAAUCAAACACACCCUCUGGGAAGGUGGGGUCAGAGGUGAUGGAUUCAUUCAUAGUCCGUUGUUGGAAAAACCUGGACGGAUUUCUACUGAUAUGAUUCAUGUCUGUGAUUGGUUGCCUACUAUAUAUCAUAUUGCUGGGGGUAAUGUAUCUAGUUUACCAACCAACUUAGAUGGAUUCAAUGUCUGGGAUACAUUAUCUAGGGGAACGCCAUCUCCAAGAACAGAAAUUCUUCAUAAUAUUGAUCCUCAUAAAAACCACAAUGCUGCUGCACUCAGAGUUGGAGAAUUUAAAAUUAUCUUAGGAACAGAAGAACAUGGAGAAUGGGAUGGCUGGUAUGAGCCUGAAGAGUACACAAAAGAAAAUAAAAAAAAUGAUCCCAGAGCUGCAGUUGUUUACUGUGGAGAAAAGCCAGGCAAUGCAUCUACUAACUGUAACUCAGGA